ACUCCGUCAAGUGGAGGGAUCGUGAAACCGGCUCCACGAUUCGAUCCAAUUUCAGACGCGACUCGAGAGCCAGAGCCACUCUUCGUCUUCUCUUCGAUCUUCAACACCAGCAAUUUCUGAUUACAUCUAUCAUCCGUCUCUCUCUCACUCACCGUUUUGCCAAUCCUUUGCGUGAAAUUGAAGCUUGGUGCCUGAACUGUGAUCUGCGGAAUCUGCGAUGCGUUUUGGACGACCAGACUACUGAUACCCUGAAAAAUGAGCUUCUGGUGCAAAUUUUCAAAUUUGGAUCGAAUCAAGACCACCACCGGCUAAUAAAUCAACCGAUCGAAUCAUAAUUUAGGGUUUGACCCUGAUUGCAAUGGAUACAAGUCAAGUCUUAUCACUUCUUCUAUUGAUUUUGUUCAUCUCCAAUGCUUCUUCGUUCGAUAUUUCUCGUGAGCUAGUUGAUGAAGAAACACACAAGGAUAAUUCAAAUUCAACCACUAAACAAGAGUCUCCGUUGCUUAAUCCUAAACCCAGUGGAGAUGGAAAAUCCAAUGUUACCUCAUCAGAACCUACUCUGCCAACUAGUAAUUCGACGAAUCCUAAUCCUAAAGAGCCUGAUUCAGUUAGUCCACCUCCGCCACUGCUACCUGGAAUUGAGAGGAAUGAUACGAAAGUGUUAAAUACAACAGAGCUGAUAAGCCCGCCUCCACCUCCAGCGAACCUAACCGAUAGUCAGGAUAGUGGAAAGCUACCGGCUAAAAUGGCGCCGCCUCCAAAAAGUUUGGAGAGUGGGAAAAAUGGGACGGAGCCAGGUAAGGAGAGUCCGCCUCUGGCUAAAGAUCCUGAUAAGGCCAAGGACGAUAAGGGGAGCUCAGAGUCUGCCAGUGUAGAGACCUGUAUAGGAAAGUCUAACAUAUGUAGAACUGAGAAUUCAUUGGUGGCUUGCACUUUGAGCAUUGAUAAAGGUUCUGCUAACUGGUUGAUUCUAGUUCAAAAUGAUGGUGAAAAAUCUCUAAAAGCAAAAAUUGUACUUCCGGUUAACUCUUUACAAGAGCUGACACUGCCAAAACACCACAGUCAAAGGAUAAACAUAUCCAUUAGUGGAGACACAAACAAGAUCAUACUAGACGGUGGAAAAGGAGAGUGUGCGCUUCACAUGUACCCAUCAGAAGAAAACACCUUACCAUUCCACUUUCCCUCAUAUGAAAAGCUAGUGACGCCCAUUAACGGCGCCUAUUUCUUAAUUGUAUCCGUCGUUAUUUUUGGGGGAAUUUGGGCAUUCUGUCUGUGCCGGAAGAAUCGCCGUGCAGGCACUGGAGUGCCUUACCGUGAGCUAGAAUUGAGCGGAGGACCAGGCUUGGAAAACGAGUCAGUGGUCCAUGACGUGGAGACAGCGGACUGGGACGAGGGUUGGGAUGAUGAUUGGGAUGAGAAUAAUGCUGUGAAAUCGCCCGGUGGUGCAGCAAAGAGUGUGAGCAUCUCAGCCAAUGGCUUAACAGCGAGGGCUCCGAACCGAGAUGGCUGGGAUCAUGACUGGGACGACUAGAGAUUUUGUGUUAUAAUCAGUGGAUACUAUUACAGAAGAGUCAAAACCACUUGGAUACAGUUUACUGCAAAGAAGACGUGACAGGAAAAAAAAAAAAAAAGGUUAAUGUAUACGCAAUUUGCCUAUAUAAAUAUUUUUAAAAAAAAUUUCUUUACCAAGUUGAAAUGUCAAAUUUUGUACUACAGUCUCCCAAAAGUCCAAAACCUGUGUUUGUUCCAAAUUCUUAAUCAGAUUUUGUAACAUUUUCAUGCGAACGCAUUUAGUUUUGUACUCUCAUUUCCUUAUCAAAUUCUUUUGUAA